GUAGGGACAGGUUUCACAACUUCCCGGAUGCGGCUGUGGUGGGUCACAGUGCAGCCUCCAGCCAGGAGAAUGGGGUGGUUCCCACUGCUGCUGCUUCUGACACAGUGUUCAAGGGUCCCUGGGCAGCGCUCGCCCUUGAAUGACUUCCAGGUGCUCCGGGGUACAGAGCUGCAACACCUGCUACAUGCGGUGGGGCCUGGGCCUUGGCAAGAACAUGUGGCAGAUGCUGAGGAGUGUGCAGGGCGUUGCGGGCCCCUACUGGACUGCAGGGCCUUCCACUACAAUGUGAGCAGCCACGGCUGCCAACUGCUGCCAUGGACCCAAUACUCACCCUAUACACAGCUGCAACGUUCAGGGCGCUGUGAUCUCUUCCAAAAGAAAGACUAUGUGCGGACCUGCGUCAUGGACAAUGGGGUCAAGUACCGUGGUACGGUGGCCAUCACCACUGGCGGCCUACCCUGCCAGCGCUGGAACCAUAGGUUCCCCAAUGACCACAAGUACACGCCCACACUCCGGAACGGCUUGGAGGAGAACUUCUGCCGAAACCCCGACGGGGACCCAGGAGGUCCCUGGUGCUACACGACAGACCCUGCAGUGCGCUUCCAGACCUGUGGCAUCAAGUCCUGCCGGGAAGCCGCUUGCGUUUGGUGCAAUGGCGAGGAGUAUCGCGGGGCAGUGGACCGCACCGAGUCGGGACGCGAGUGUCAGCGCUGGGACCUGCAGCGGCCACACGCGCACCCCUUUGAGCCGGGCAAGUUCCUUGACAAAGAUCUGGACGACAACUAUUGCCGGAAUCCGGACGGCUCCGAGCGGCCCUGGUGCUAUACCACCGACCCGAAGGUGGAGCGAGAGUUCUGCGACCUCCCUCGCUGCGGGUCGGAGGCACAGCCGCGCCACGAGGCCACGACGCUCAGUUGCUUCCGCGGGAAGGGCGAGGGCUACAGGGGCACGGCCAACACCACCGCCGCAGGCGUACCCUGCCAGCGGUGGGACGCGCAGAACCCCCAUCAGCAUCGUUUUGCUCCGGAGAAAUACGCAUGCAAGGACCUUCGGGAGAACUUCUGCCGGAACCCCGACGGCUCGGAAGCGCCUUGGUGCUUUACGUCACGGCCUGGCAUGCGCGUGGCCUUCUGUUACCAGAUCCGGCGCUGCGCCGACGACGUGCGGCCUGAGGACUGCUACCACGGCGUGGGGGAGCAGUACCGCGGCUUGGUCAACAGGACCCGAAAAGGUGUCCCGUGCCAGCACUGGUCCACAGAGAUGCCACACAUGCCGCAGUUCACACCCACCUCUGCCCCCCACGCGCAUCUGGAGGAGAACUUUUGCCGGAACCCGGACAGGGAUAGCCAUGGGCCCUGGUGCUACACUACGGACCCGGGUACUCCGUUCGACUACUGUGCACUGCGACGCUGCGAUGACGACCAACCACCGUCCAUCCUGGAGCCCCCAGACCAGGUGGUGUUUGAGAAGUGUGGCAAGAGGGUGACCCGCCUGGACCAGCAGCGCUCCAAGCUGCGUGUGGUGGGGGGCCAGCCUGGGAACUCGCCCUGGACAGUCAGCUUGCGCAAUCGGCAGGGCCAGCAUUUCUGCGGGGGUUCCCUAGUGAAGGAGCAGUGGGUACUGACGGCCCGGCAGUGCUUCUCCUCCUGCCAUAUGCCUCUCGUGGGCUAUGAGGUGUGGUUGGGCACCUUGUUCCAGAACCCACAGCCAGGAGAGCCAGGCCUGCAGCAGGUCCCAGUGGCCAAGAUGGUGUGUGGGCCCUCCGGCUCCCAGCUUGUUCUGCUCAAGCUGGAGAGACCUGUGACCCUGAACCAGCGAGUGGCACUCAUCUGCCUGCCCCCCGAGAGGUAUGUGGUGCCACCAGGUACCAAGUGUGAGAUCGCAGGCUGGGGUGAGACCAAAGGUACAGGGAAUAACAAAGUCCUAAAUGUGGCCUCGCUGAAUGUCAUCUCCAACCAGGAAUGUAACAUCAAGCACCGAGGACGCAUACGGGAGAGUGAGAUGUGCACUGAGGGACUCUUGGCCCCUGUGGGAGCCUGUGAGGGUGACUACGGAGGCCCACUUGCCUGCUUUACCCAUGACUGCUGGGUCCUGGAGGGAAUUAUAAUCCCCAACCGAGUGUGCGCCCGGCCCCGCUGGCCAGCCAUCUUCAUGCGUGUCUCUGUGUUUACGGACUGGAUUCACAAGGUCAUGCGGCUGGGCUAGGCCCAGCCUUCAAUCCCAUUUACUUUGGAGAGAGAACAAAGGUUGUUGUCAGACAUAAAGCUGCCUCUCCUCUUUACACCUGUA